UAAUUUUUUCUCGAUAAAAUCACACAUCGGUCUCCAACUAAAAUUUUAAAAUACGACCUUAAUUAAGAUACCCUAACACACCCACCAAAUAAAUUAUAUCAGUUCAAACGAUGAUCCAUUAUCCUUACGUACGUUUAUCAUUUGAAAUGCCACGUUUCGCACAUUAAUAAUAAAAAAAAUCAAAUUGACCGCUUGUCAAAUGCACGGUGCUUCACCGUCGAGAUUCGCAGGACGAUCGAAAAGAAAGACGAAAGGACCACAAGGGGAAUCACCUGGGUGAGGACGUUCACAUUUUUAAAUAACCGGUGUCGCGAGAACACGUACGGGAUGUUGUGUCCACCGAUAAUGUUAGUCAGUCGGAAAUUUACAUACGGUUAGCCUAAAUUUUCACUUCAACUACUCGUCUGUCCACUAUUUCGUAUAAAUAUAGAUGUGACUUCGGAUCGAAGUCUUAUGUGAAAGUGUACGCCGUCUUGGUAGGAAGUGUUGUAUUGUCACCAAUUGAACCCGUUGCUUCUUUAUUCAGUGCCCGAGUGCCAGCUUAUUCGGAGUACUCGUUUCGUGUGCGUCGAGGAAAAUAGUGUCCAGUGAUCAUGUGCAUGCGCUCGAUACUUUGGCUGAUCCUCGUCGUCACGACAGUGUGUGUCGUUAAUUGCGAGGAACGAAAAGCUCCCAUUAUCGAGGAAGCAGACAGUUCGAAUAUUACACAAACGAAUUCGACGGUUCAGGACGACAAAAACUUUUGGGAAUGGCUGUUUGGCUUCGCUACGAUUGGAUCCACAACGACAACCACAACUGAACUUCCGGAACCAAUGAAAGAAGAAUGUUUACCUUGCAAAUGCGGCUUGACAAACACCGACAAGCGUAUAGUUGGCGGUACCGAGACGCAAGUUAAUGAAUAUCCAUGGAUGGCAUUAAUGAUGUUCAGAGGACGAUUUUAUUGCGGUGGAACCGUCAUAAACUCUCGUUACAUUUUAACUGCAGCUCAUUGCGUUGACAGAUUUGAUCCAACCUCCAUGUCGAUCGUAAUAUUGGAGCACGAUCGUAAUUCCACGACGGAGGCUGAGACGAAAGUGUUUAAAGUUGAUAAACUGAUCAAACACAGUGGUUACUCGACAUACAACUAUAACAAUGACAUCGCACUGGUCAGGCUAAAAGAGUCCAUACCAUUUAAGGGAAAGAUGAGACCGGUUUGCCUCCCAGAACGAGCGAAAACAUUCGCUGGUCAAAAAGGUAUAGUAACCGGAUGGGGCGCAGUCUCGGAGUCUGGCUCCGUUUCUCAAACUCUGCAGGAGGUCAUGGUGCCCAUACUAACAAACACAGAAUGUCGAGCUACUAAAUAUCCAGCACGAAGAAUAACAGACAAUAUGCUCUGCGCUGGCUACGAAGAAGGAAUGAAGGAUUCGUGUCAGGGAGACAGCGGUGGUCCUCUACACGUCGAGAACAACAAGACGUACAAUAUAGUUGGAGUCGUGUCCUGGGGCGAAGGAUGCGCGAAACCUGGCUAUCCUGGCGUGUACUCUAGGGUGAAUCGUUAUUUGACGUGGAUAAUGCGCAACACCGAGGACGCUUGCUACUGUUGAUUCAAUUCAAAUUAGAAUCAUGAAUAACCUUUGUGCAACACAAUACUCAUCGACGUUUACGGGAGGCAUGUAACACUUUUUACGCAUAUUUUUGCUUUUCUUUUGAGGUUGGUAAGGAUCCAGUGAAAACCAAAGAUGGGAAAAGUUUUAUUCGUGUAAUACAUAACGAAUAAAAAUUUAGAAAUUUAACAAUUUAUUCGUGACAUUUAUUCAAUGGAAUACUUUAAUUUUUCGUUUUUCAUUGUAAAGUACUACAUUAAAUAAUUCAGAAUUAAAUUUUUUUUUAAAGUGUAAUAGAUAGACAAUUGAUUAACCUUUAUUCAUUAUUUGAAUUUUCUCCAUCUUUGGUGGGAACCUUUUAAAUUCAAAGAGUACACUUUCCAGGACAGUAUCGAUAAACUCUGUCGCAGUGGAAUAUUUAUUACACAUGACAUAUUUAUGUUUUCAGUAAAUUUAAGUUUAAAUGUGAAUGUUAUUGGCUGUACUCAUUUUUAGUAUAAGUUUAUUGAAUAUUCUUCAACGUUUCACGUUGACCCUAUUUAAAAGCUUAAAAUAGAUAGUCAGUUCUGAACCAAAUUGUUGCACCGCUUUGAAGUUCAGUCCGAGCGUUUGAGCGGAUCCUAAGCAUACUAAUACUCAGAUAGAAUUUGCUGUACUCCACAUACUCCCCCCUCUUCUUACCUUCUGCCAUGGAGCAGAUAGCAACUAUAAAGUUACUUCCCCCUGUGUAGCAGUUUAUCUACCCUUUGAGUAAUAAUUUAAAUUAUUAUACGCCGUAAAAGUAUAAAAUGUGUAUGAAGAAAAUAUCACACAUUAAAAAAAGUAAAGGACCUUUUUUUAGUUCAAAUAAGGUAGCAUAAAUAUUAUGGUUACAAUGAAAUUUUAUAAAACAGUAAAGAAAUUCCGUAUCCAUAAAGUGUUUCAAAGUAUACAGUAAUUUUUAUUAAACUUAUAUUGAAAAUGCUUCGUACAACCACUAACAUUCCCUUUUGAACCUAAAUUUUUCACACACUCUAGAAUGAAGAGAAAGACAUACAUUACUAUAAUAUGAACUAUUUGCAUAUUUAAUUUAACAGCUUCUCGUUAUUUAUUUACUUGCUAUGUCUAGACUAUGAAUUUCGCGAUGGACCGGGCGGUGAUGCAAAGUUCGAAAGUACACAUAGCUUGCACUCGUGUUUUACGCUUUUUUUGUAGCAUAAGUCUACACGGACAUUACACACGCGACGACAGCAAUUGAAAGUUAAGGCACGUACUAGCCUCGUUCAACUCGUAACAUUGAACGUACGAGAAAGAAAGUCACGGGACUUUCUCUGUUCAUUUCGACAUGGAAUUUCGGUGAAAACUCACGUACCUACUAUGUCACUCGCGCGAGGCUCUGAUUUGUCGAGUGAAAUGUUCAUGUUUUUCUUUUUUUUCUCUCGUGUUUUUUUUAUAUAGCUACAUUUAGACUAGUCACUCUAGAUUAAAAUACACGGAACAUCAAGAAAGUAUCUUUACCAAGCUGAUUAUUUUGCAUAAACUUUGGUCGAGUUGUUGCGAGAAAUGUAGGUGCGACAAUUUUCGCCAAAAAACUCUGAUAUAUGUUUUUCGAAAGACAUGUCGAAUUUUUUUGUAUACAAUUUUUUACAUUUUUAAUAGUAACUAUUUCUGCAGCAAACACAACAGUUUCAGAGAUGUUUAAAAAAAUUGUUUACACCUAUUAAGUGGUGGGAAAAGUAGUUUAUAUGAUAAAAACUUUGAAAUAUUUU